AUGGGUUGCUGUUCGUGCUUAGCUAGAACAAUCAUAGGAUUAGUAAACAUGAUUGUGCUUAUUGUAAUGAUAGUUAUUAUUUGCUUCAGCUGGGAUCAGAUAAAGAAAAUCAAUAUUGAUGAAGUACAUAGCUCUAAGAAUGUACUCAUAUUCGUCAUUGUAGUUAUUGCUUUCAUUGCGCUCACAUGCAUCAUUGGUUUCUUUAUGUUUUGUUACAAUAAAAGCAAAUGUUUCAGAAUCACAUAUGCAAUAUUGUACUUAGUUGUAGUUAUCAUUGAAAUCGUCUUGAUCGCUUGCUCAGUGAAGGAUUAUCAAACAAUUUUGGAAGAUGCUGAAACGUGGUGGAUCGAAAACGAAGGAACACAAGAUGUAAAAGAUGUCGAAUCGGAUUUGGAAUGCUGCGGAUUCAAAGUGCCAUAUAAUGCUACAGAAAUGGAAAACUGUGGAUAUCAGCCGACUAAUUCAUCAAAUAUUGAAACUUGUUACAAUAAGAUUGACGAAAAGUUGAAAAAGUCAAAGAAAGGCAUACAGAUUGCAGGAAUUGUCAUUCUUAUAAUACAAGCACUUCUUCUUAUUUAUUCUCUCUGGUAUGCCUUCUGCUUUAAUUCUUGUAAAACUGAGAAAGUUAGCUCAUCAUCUUAA